AGCAAAAUAGCCAAAUACGAAGUGUAAACAAACGCGCCAUUCCAGCCUUGUAUAGUAGAACGCGCUUCCACCUGUCGUGAAGUUUACAUAGACUAGGCCUACGUUUGAAGUUUCCCAUCAAAAGGUAGUUUGAUUAACGUCGACGCAUCUUGAUGGUUGAAGUGUGGACUGUAUGCAAGAAAGCAACCUAGAUGUACUGUGGUAUCUUUCAUCGCGCCAGUUUUCUUUCAGCAAAUAUAUGAUGAUGAAAACUUCUUAAACCUUUACUCACUGCCAGGGUAAAGGUUUUGUAACAAGUGAAACUACAAUGGCUUUAUGGCAGCAAGUGUUAGCUGUUGAUGCAAAGUUUAAUAAUCACCGAGCCCCUGCUUCUCCAGGUUUCAAGACACUUUAUAUUCGGAGGCGUAGCCAAUUACUUCGAGACAGUUCACGAGAAGAGGAUAGUGCUCAAGUACGUAGUUACAUGCGUAUGAGACUUGCUUUACUACAGCAGCGCUAUUGUGUCACCUUUGAUCAGCUGAGUUUAAAGAGUAGAUCUGCAAGCCUACGCUCUGCAUCUCGUUUGACUGGAGAGGGAGAUUCUCCCCGCUGUAUGAGCCGUAGCAUGAGUAACAUGAUGUUGCAGCCGGGCAGUCAAGGGAUUGAAGGGCCCCAUGGCCCACCACCUACAGGAUCUGUUGUCCCCACACAGCGAGCAGAAGCAUCAAGAGCAAUUGUAGGUGGAACUACCAUAGGAGAAAAUUAUGCUUUUUCAGGUGUCCAUCACAUCUUUGACCAGCACACAGAUAGUGUCACAAUGGUGAAGUUUGCUCACAAUGACCAAGGACUUCUAGCCUGCUCAUCACUUGAUGGGUCUGUAUCCCUGUGUCAAGUAUCAGAAGGUCAGCCAAGAGUUUUGCACACACUCAAACAUCAUACUGCUGCAGUCACAGGUUUUGAUUGGUCGUCAACCAACGACUUGCUUCUAUCCAGUGGAGAUGAUGGUGUGGUUUGUCUGUGGAGUUCAUCAACUGGUCAGUGUUUGCGAACUGUGAAUGAUCAGGCUGGUGUAAAUGUUUUGUCGUGCCUUUUCCACCCUCUCAAUUCCAACUGGGCUGUUCUUGGCAAUAGCCGAGGACUUGUUCAGGUACUGAAUAUUUCUACCGGUCACUAUCCCAAAGGGGGCACUAGUAAGGUUGGGGGUCAAGUUACUGCUUUAACAUUUGAUUCAUCAGGUAAAACCUUAUGGGCUGGAGAUGACAAGGGAACUAUAAUUUCCUUCCUCUUUGAUCUCGGAAGUGGAGGUUUGAAGAAAGGUAAACGUUGCAUGGUCAGUGAAGGAGCUGCCAUUACAAGCUUGUCUGCGCGUACCUGGGCUAGCCGAGAAGCUCCCAACCCCACACUUCUUGUUAGUGCUGCAUGUAAUGCACUUCUUCUUUAUAGAGUUGUAGAUAAAGAAGGUGGACUCCGUUUAAAACGGAAAUUCAAUGUCGCUCAUUCGUAUCAACCCGUACGUUCAACUUUUUGUCCAUUAAUGUCUUUCAGGCAGGGUGCUUGUGUAGUGAGUGGCUGUGAAGAUUGUAGUGUCUGGUUUCUUGAUGUUGAGAGGGACACAAGACCUCUUAUUAAUCGCCUGCAGGGUCACGCUGCUCCAGUUUUAGGAGUAACCUUUAACUACAAUGAAUCUCUUUUAGCAACAUCAGAUGCUACCGGCCUUGUCAUUGUUUGGAAACGGCAGUGAGCUAAAUACUAUUUUUAUCGCAUUGUUUUAAUAAUUUUGUAGUUUAUGUUAGAAAUAUUCACACUAAGGAUCUGGUUUGAUAUAAGAUGAAUUUUUGGGGUACAUUAUAUUACACCAAUAUUUUUUCUUGAAAGAGGUACCUUGGAGAACUCGUGAACUUUAAUAAUGCCAUAAUUUUCUUGUGGAAUAUUGGUAUGUUUUGGCAUUUUGAAGGGGAUUAUUUUGCAAUAUUUAAUAUCUAUGCUAAACUGCAGUUAACUUGUUAACCAUAAUAAUAUUCAAUGAUAUUUUGGGGAAAAUAAUAUCAAGCUUUACAUCUCAGUUGAAUAUUAACUCCUUUCACUGCGUCCUGUUUCCACUGAAAAUUGUCUUAACUGCAACUUUUAUCAUCAGUAAUUAGGGCUUAAGGACCUUAUGUUAUUAGUUUCCUUUAAACUGCUGUGAUGAACAAAAGCAUAGCUUGAAUAUUUGUCAUUGAGAAUGUAUAAAAAGUUGUGUACAGAAAUUAUAUUUAAGGUCAACUUACAGAAUCUUAGUUGUUACGUAUAGCAUUAUUGGAUAGUUUCCUUUGGGUCUUCCAAAAAAUUUUUUUUUGAGGUAUCCUAUGGAUGUCGAUAAAUAAAACAGCUAAUAUUCUGUUGAUUGAUUUGAAUGAGCAAUAUCAUUUUGAAUCCAGCAAUUUAAAAUGAUUAAUUGCAUUAAAUGUCAUGCUAAAUACAGUAUACACUAAACUAUACUACAGUAUGUGGGAUUAGCUGCUUAAUGUGAGGUAUAGGUUUUAGAAUAAGUACACUUUUUAUGAAUAUUGAUCUGGGGCAUUUUUAAAGUUUCAAUAUAUGUAUGUAUAUUGGCGGAAAGGUCAUUUUUAGAAUUCUGCUGUCAGUGAUGUAUAUGGUAAUGUAAUUUUAUUUCUAAAGGAAAGCAUUGAUUCAUGUGAAUGAGUUGCAGAGGGUAGCUGUUAAUCUGCAAAAAUAUUGGGAAGCAUUAGAUAUAAUUUUGAUACUCUCUUAUUUGUUUAAAAUAAAUGACACAUUCCUGAAUGUUUUAAGUUUUAAAUCUAAUAAACUAUUUUGUUUUUAA